AGCAAGAAGUGCAAAUAUGGCAAUCUUCUUUGAACAGCCGCAUAUUGGCAAAUACAAUUUACGCGAGUUUUUAUCACAUUUGUAUUUGGAUUGCAUGAUCCGUUUUAAAAAUGAAUCUGAGUUUGAAUAUCAAACAACUCCAAUGGCAGGAGUAUUCACUUCCGCAUCUACGUUCAUGAAUGCGAUUAUGUUGUAUGAAGAUGCGGUUGAUAUGCAGAAAGUAGAUAAUGCAGCAGCUGAACGUGAAGGAAGAUUUGAUACACUUUCGACAUACAUUUCUUCUCCUCCAAUAAAUAGCGAAAUUGCUACAAGCAGCCCUAACUCAUUACCACAGUUAAUUUUUUGUCCAUUGCGUUUUGAUGGUUAUCUUUGCUGGCCCCGAACUCCUGCAGGCACUGUAUUAAGUCAAUAUUGUCCAGAUUUUGUUGAAGGAUUCAACCGAAAAUUUUUAGCCCAUAAAAUGUAA